AUGGUCAUUGGUGACUGCUCGAAUGGUCGUAUCAUGCAAUGGAAGAACGAUGAUACGAAUGGAAAAGUGAUAGCUGGUGGCAAUGACAAAGGAAAUCGAUUGGAUCAAUUGGAUUGCCCAAUCGAUGUAUUGAUCGACAAAGAGACGGAUAGUCUCAUUAUUUGUGAUCGAGACAACAAUCGACGAGUCGUACGAUGGCCUCGUCGUAGUGGUACAACUCAAGGAGAAAUUCUUAUCGACAACAUCGAUUGUUAUGGAUUGGCCAUGGAUGAUCAGAGAUAUCUCUACAUCUCGGAAACUGAAGAAAAAGAUGAAGUAAAACGAUAUCAAACAGAAGACAAGAAUGGAAUUCUAGUGGCUGGUGGCAAUGGCAAAGGUGCUGGUCUCAAUCAACUCAACUUUUCGACCUACAUCUUUGUCGAUCAACAACAGACUGUUUAUGUGUCAGACACUGACAAUCAUCGUGUGAUAAAAUGGAAUAAAGGUGCAACAGAAGGAAUUGUCGUCGCUGGGAAUCAAGGCCAAGGAAAUGCUCUGACACAAUUGUCACAUCCUCACGGACUGUUCGUCGAUACAUUGGGUACCGUCUAUGUGACAGAUUCGUCGAAUCAUCGAGUGAUGCGUUGGCCUAAAGGAGCGAAUCAGGGCACUGUCAUUGUAGGUGGAAAUGGUAUGGGAGCAGGAGCAAAUCAGUUCAACUAUCCCGUUGGUUUGUCCUUCGAUCGACAUGACAAUCUCUACGUUGUUGAUUGUUGGAAUCAUCGUGUUCAACGGUUUUCAAUCGAAUAA